CCCAGGAACAGUCCAGAAAAAAAUUAAUCUUCUUUUCUUAGAACUGUUUUGAUUGGCAUCAUCAGGCCUGGGAGCACAGUGAAUGUCAGCAUCUAAGAUUCCACUUUUCAAAAUGAAGGGCCUGCUCCUGUUCCUGUCCCUAGUGAAAAUGAGCCUCGCCGUGCCGGCAUUUCCUCAACAACCUGGGGCUCAAGGCAUGGCACCUCCUGGCAUGGCUAGUUUGAGCCUUGAGACAAUGAGACAGUUGGGAAGCUUGCAGGGGCUCAACGCACUUUCUCAGUAUUCUAGACUUGGCUUUGGAAAAGCACUUAAUAGUUUAUGGUUGCAUGGACUCCUCCCACCGCAUAAUUCUUUCCCAUGGAUAGGACCAAGGGAACAUGAAACCCAACAGUAUGAAUAUUCUUUGCCUGUGCAUCCCCCACCUCUCCCAUCACAGCCAUCCUUGCAGCCUCACCAGCCAGGACUGAAACCCUUCCUCCAGCCCACUGCUGCAACCGGUGUCCAGGUCACACCCCAGAAGCCAGGGCCUCAUCCUCCAAUGCACCCUGGACAGCUGCCCUUGCAGGAAGGAGAGCUGAUAGCACCAGAUGAGCCACAGGUGGCGCCAUCAGAGAACCCACCAACACCCGAGGUACCAAUAAUGGAUUUUGCCGAUCCACAAUUCCCAACAGUGUUCCAGAUCGCCCAUUCGCUGUCUCGGGGACCAAUGGCACACAACAAAGUACCCACUUUUUACCCAGGAAUGUUUUACAUGUCUUAUGGAGCAAACCAAUUGAAUGCUCCUGCCAGAAUCGGCUUCAUGAGUUCAGAAGAAAUGCCUGGAGAAAGAGGAAGUCCCAUGGCCUACGGAACUCUGUUCCCAGGAUAUGGAGGCUUCAGGCAAACCCUUAGGGGACUGAAUCAGAAUUCACCCAAGGGAGGAGACUUUACUGUGGAAGUAGAUUCUCCAGUGUCUGUAACUAAAGGCCCUGAGAAAGGAGAGGGUCCAGAAGGCUCUCCACUGCAAGAGGCCAGCCCAGACAAGGGCGAAAACCCGGCUCUCCUUUCACAGAUGGCCCCCGGGGCCCAUGCAGGACUUCUUGCUUUCCCCAAUGACCACAUCCCCAACAUGGCAAGGGGUCCUGCAGGGCAAAGACUCCUCGGAGUCACCCCUGCAGCUGCAGACCCACUGAUCACCCCUGAAUUAGCAGAAGUUUAUGAAACCUAUGGUGCUGAUGUUACCACACCCUUGGGGGAUGGAGAAGCAACCAUGGAUAUCACCAUGUCCCCAGACACUCAGCAGCCACCGAUGCCUGGAAACAAAGUGCACCAGCCCCAGGUGCACAAUGCAUGGCGUUUCCAAGAGCCCUGACAACCUUGACAUAGCAGCUACUUCAUGUAUGCACAAGCUUUUCAGCUUUGUCCCCAUAGCGUACCUUAUUGCUAAAACACUUGCUACCCUUCCACAGCGAAGGUAUUAAGAGCACUAAGCAUGUAUUAAUAAAUACAAGUGCCUAGAAAUAGUGUAGGUCCCUUCUUGCUUCCAUUCUUAUCGAAAUAAAACAUAUCAACUGUCUCCGUGACUUAGAAAUACUAUCGAUGAUGUCAGAGCAAGUCUGAGUGUCAGCACUUGGUGAUCUAGCAUGUAGCUGUCUUAGGCAUCAUAAAAUUCCUCUUACUACAUGACAUUAUUAUGCCCAGGAAAUGUGACACCGCUUCUUUCUCUACGCAAAAGCACUUAGUUUCAGAAUUCCAAAGUAUUUCAUUUAAACCGUAUUAAAUGGUGAUUGGUGGAGAAUCCUGACUGCUAUUACUGGGUAUCAUAUAUUGGAUUUAAAAUUCUUAUUUAUAGAAUAUUUUAUUUAAUCUAGGAAAAGAAAAGGCAAUUGGCCUGUUUUAAAUAAAGAAUUUUUCUCACUGAAAA